AUCGCACAUGGAGAAGCUGUACAUUUUUCUGGUCGUUCUCUUAGGAGUUGCAUCCCACGGUCAUGAUUUGAUUUCUGGAUCAGUGUUGGAGAAAACAGUCAGAUCAGGAGAAAACAUCACUCUCUACUGCGACUGUACAUUAUCAAGUGGAGUACACAUAAUGUGGUACAGGAACUGCUCUCAUGAGAACCAGCCUUCUCUUGUCCUUAGAUCAGGACCAUUACCAAAAUCCGAAGACUUCACUGACAAUAGGUUUCAACUGAAACUUCCCCCUCGUUUUCAUUUGGGGAGAAACUCUUCUUCUGAAUCCUAUGACCUGCUGAUCCUGAAUGUCACUGAUUCUGAUGAGGGCUUCUACUACUGUGGAACUGAACAGCCAACAGUAGAGGAUGCAGAAUACAUUCAACACAAAAUAGAUUACAGAUAUGGCAACGUCACCACAAGGAUCCUAUUCAAUUCCAGCCCUCACCUCAGUGUGGCUGACCCAAGCCCUGUGUUUGCUGAGCCCUGGAUGGUGUUCACUAUAGCCUUCACUAUUCUCUCCUCCGUCAUCUCCUUUAUUUUGGUUUAUCACUUCUGUCAGGAAACAGACAAAGAAUCUCAAGUUCUCCAGGAAAGACCAGACACCAGGGGACAAACGAGACGGGAUCAGGAUGAAGACGCGUGUUUCACACGAGUUGUGUUCCGGGCUAAGGAUGGACAAACACGCCAAUAGGCAGAGGGUGGACGGCACAAGCACGCCUGCUUUACUCAAGCAGAAAACCAAAUAGAGUGAAAUGAUUUCCACUUCCUCUUGUUUGUUGUCCUGUGGUUUAAGAAACGCCUCAAGCAAGUGGGUGCAGGCUUUUGGGCCAAUCUGUUAUCAGGCUUAUAAUCAACCAGACAGCA